AUGGAUCGCGACCAGUUUUAUAUUAAGCCCGAGCGAGUGCAGCUGAAAAGGCUUCUCACGAACGAGGGAGGCAUCGGAGAGGUUUGGUUGGGAACGCUUCACGAAGAGAGCGGGCAGCAUGACGUGGCGGAGGAACGGCUGAUGUUCACACGAGAGACAGCUGUGCUCUUCAUGGCUGCUCUCCGUUGCCACAACGUCUGCAAGGGCAAGAUGUGCAUCGUGAUGAAGCUGUAUAGAGAGAGCAUGUUGUCAAGAAUGCGAAGAUAUCCUGGUGGAAAGCUCCCCCUCGCGGAAGUUCAGCGAUAUGGGCUGGAGAUCUGCAAGGCAGUAGCCGAACUCCACGACCAAAAUAUCAUCUCACAGGACCUGAAGCCUCCCAACUUCUUGAUAGGAAAGCUUGCAGAAUUGACCUUGUCUUCCCCUGAACCAGCACCUUCAGACGAUCUUGAUCACUGUGUCGUGGCGGACUUUGGGAUAUCGAGAGUGAUAGAGAAGACUAUUGGAGUUCACAUGCCAUCCAACGUCCAAGGCACUUUCAACUACAUGUCACCCGAAUCCUUCGACCCAGAACUCUUUGGCGGUGUCACCUUCAAGGCGGACUCGUGGAGCUUCGCAUGCAGCUUGAUCGAGAUGCUCUCGGGAGUGAAGCCUUGGGACGGGAUCAAGAUGGCGCCUAUUGUGAGGAAGGUUCUCAACAAAGAAAUACCUCAAAUCCCUCCUGGACUUCCAUCGCCUCUUGAGAAUUUGAUUCGAGUAAGACGGAUGAUUGCGGUUUUUUUAAACGAAAUUCUGUGA